AUGUUAAAACUUUUCAUAUUUAACAUUUUCUUGUUUUCAUCUCCAAUAUUUGGCUUAUUAGAAACUCUAUUUCAAGCUCAAAAUAAUUGUUAUUUAGGAUGUCAUUCAAAUUAUGUUGCUAGUUUAUCUAAUUUGAAUGCAUGCAAAAAAGGUUGUGAUUAUAAAUUGCAUAAUGAAGAUUGUAAUGUUCAAUGUAAAUUACUUUCAACAGAUGAACCAAUUCAAGCUAGUUGUCUUGUUGGUUGUUCAUCGAGUUAUUCAUCAGAAAUAAAAGAAUCAGGUGAAAAUGAACGUCCACCAUCGGUAAUUCUUAUUCGGCUUCGUCAACGUCCAUUAUCGGAACAUUCAUCAUUUAACAUCGAUUCAAUUCGAAUGUUUAUUAAUAAGAUAAGAGAAUUAAACGAAAAUAAAAAUAUGAUUAAACAAUCAAAUGAAAUUCAUACUGAUUCAUUAAAUGAAGAUGAUACAUAUAAAAUUACACAUUUUAUUAUUCAUCGAAAAGAUACAAUUGAAUCAAAAAAUAAUCGUUUUAAACAAUUUCUUGAUGAUGUUCAUAAUGAAUGGAAUGAUCUUAUUCGUAAACAACCGAAUAUCCCUACAUGGAUUUGUUUUGUUUUUUUACUUUUAUUAUCAAUUAUUCUUUGGCAUCUGAUUGUUUCACUUUGUCAUCAUACAUCUAGACAACAUACUUUAUCGAUGCAUGCUCAAGAACUUGCUUUUGAUAAUACAAAUGAAAAAGAAAAACUCUAA